CAGGAGAUGCACCAGCUGUCCCGGCUGGAGAAGCUUGCUUGCCAUCCUCUGGAUAAAGGACUUCACAUUGUCCACAACCCGCUGCUAAAACCAGUGAAGGAGGUGCUGGAGGGCGGGCUCGGUGCACUUUUUAACUACCUGAGAGCAGGGUAGCUUGUAACAACAUAAGAAAUGGAUUUAGAACUUUUUCAAUACAUUUUAACUACUUAAAGUGUUGAAUAGGGAGCAGGAGUUUUUAAACUAUCUUAGAGCUGCAGAAUGGACUUAUAGCCACCCCAGUGAUUUGUGCGAGGCGGGGCUUUUGUUGUUCUUAAACAACCUGUGGGCUUGGAACAGGGGCAGGUGACUGAGAUGACUGAGCAGACACCUGUCAUGUGUCCAAAUGGAUGUAUGUAGACUAGUAAAAUUUUUCUUAAAGAGAAGUAACUUUGAAUCCCUGAAGAGGUUCACACAUGACUGCCAGCACUGAUAAGUGGACUGGACAGUAUGGUCCAGCACCUAUUAACCCUCCGACCAGUUUCCCCAGGAAACAGGCUCAGCCCAGUCAGUCCUCAUGUUCUGAUCUUACAUCAUCAAACAAGAUCCAGAUGAAUACGAUCAGCUAGUGGUUCUUAUCCCUGUGCUUAGGACUCAUUCACUGACACUUCCUGUCAUAUUUCUGCUCAUCUGAAUUUAUUGAACUGGAUAUUUCUUUUAACUGUAUUGAUUAUGCAGAACUUGGCACUGCAUUUACUCCUUUUAUAGCUCUUCCAAAGACCUUUAGAUAAUACUGACAUCAUAUGUUAACCCUCUGCUCAGGUUCUAACUAGUCUCCUUACUCAGUGAGGUAGAGUUCAACUGUCACAGUUGACCAAUAUAUGGACUGGUUAUAUUUAAGUAAAUCUAUACCUGCAUAACCACAUAUGCAUGUGACAUUUCUACAAGUUCAGAAAAACAAAGUAGAAGAUUGUCUUAGUUUCUUGUUAUCUCACAUUUCUACUAUGGAGGACCACAAGAGCCGCGCGCAUCGAAAUAAAGAAUUCUGUGCUUAAAUAAUGAAUUGUAGAACAAAAUCUGCAUUUGUAAAUUCAUUUUUGAAUUCCAAUUUAAUAAACUGAUUUUU